GAACACAACAGGUAUAGAUUUGAUCCUCGAGAGCAGCCAUGGUGGGAAAGAUCGUUUUUUACGAGGACAGAAACUUCGGAGGUCGUUACUACGAGUGCAUGAGUGACUGUGCUGACCUGCACUUGCUGUUUCAUCACUGUCGCUCCAUUCGAGUGGAGAGCGGCAUGUUUGUGGUCUACGACCGGCCCGGCUUCACUGGAAACCAGUACUUCAUGAGGAGGGGGGACUACAUGAGUACUACUGGCAUGAGUUACUGUGUCAGGUCCUGUCGCGUGAUCCCAGUGCACAGCGGCAACUUCAGGAUUCGUCUGUAUGAACACUUCGACAUGGGCGGCGAAAUGAUGGAGUUGAUGGACGACUGUUCAAACCUCAUGGGUCGCUUCCACCUCCAGAACUUCAACUCGUGCACUGUGAUGGAGGGCCACUGGUUCCUGUAUGAACAGCCCAACUACAGGGGGCACAAUUAUUACGUGAGGCCGGGCCAGUACAGGAGCUUCAUGGAGUGGAGUGGCAUAAGCUCCAGGAUUGGCUCCAUCAGGCGUGCAAUUGACCUUUAAAGGCAGAGGAAAUGUCUGCUCUUUGU